AUGACAGUGGUGAUAUGGUUGAAGGUUGGUAGUGGCAAUGGUGAAGGGGGCGACUUUAACGAGAUUCUUUUUGCUCAUGAAAAACAAGAAGGGUUACUAAGAGAAGAGGCUCGGAUGGAGGCAUUUUGUAGAACUUUGGAAGAGUGUAUGUUGGAGGAUAUAGGUUUCUCAGAUCAUUUUCCAUUACUCAUUGAAACGGAGAAUGCUGUUUUGGGAAGAAGACCGUACAGGUUUCAUUUCAAAGCUUGGUGGACUCUAGAGGAAUCUUGUGAGGCGGAGAUUAGAAAGCUGUGGGAGGAAAGUUCUAGCUCUUUCUUAAAUCGCAUGGUGAAUCUUACUAAGGGCUUGAAAGUUUGGGUAGGUAAGAUCAGGCAUAAUAGAAAUCGAGAGGUGAAUCGGUUUAAUAAAAGGUUGAAAGAAUUAAAUUGUGAAGAGAGGUUAGAGGAGAAUUUGGGUGAAAUUGUCGAGGUCAAACUCCAUCUAAAUGUGAAGAUAGAUAAGGAAGAGAGGUAUUGGGAGCAACGUGCUUGUGCUAAUUGGCUACAAAUGGGUGAUAAGAAUACCGCAUUCUUCCAUAAGUACGCGUCCUAG